AUGAGCAGUAGUAGCAGUAAUAGUAGCGAGACUAGCAAUGUCCAUGAUCUAUACUUAUCUACCGAGUCGAUUAAACCAGUCAUCUACUAUAAUGGACGGUUUCAUCUUGUGGAAGACGAAGACACGGUUAACUCCCAUUCAGAUAAGGACAGUGCGUCGUUUCAAAUUUAUAAUUUAAAGGGCGCCAAACAUGAUCUUAUUGGAGCUAUCACUGACUUAUCAGGAUUGAGCAGCACG